AUGAGUUUUCGACUGGUGAAUACCCGGUUGACCCUAUUGCCGCGACAUCGGCUGAGUCAAAUGGCUUCCCACUUCUCCAGCGACGCGGGAGUCUCCCUCACCGCGUUGCCCAAGUCCAAUGUAUUCACUUCCAAGUUACCCGCAGACCCGGCCUUUGAGACCCCAGAGUCCUCGCAUAGUGCGCCGCGGGAGACUCUGGGCCCGCGCAUGGUCAAGGGAGCUCUGUUUACCUAUGUUCGUCCGGAGCCAGCCGAAGGAUCCGAGCUGCUGAGUGUCAGCUCGAAAGCUAUGAAAGACUUGGGGCUGAGGUCUGGAGAGGAGAAAACCUCGCAAUUUCAGGCAUUGGUCGCCGGAAAUGAGAUCUGCUGGACUAAGGAAGGUGGAAUUUAUCCGUGGGCGCAGUGUUACGGAGGAUGGCAGUUUGGUUCGUGGGCUGGACAACUGGGGGAUGGACGCGCAAUCAGUCUUUUUGAAUGCACAAACCCGCACACAAACAAGCGGUAUGAGCUACAGUUAAAGGGAGCUGGCAGAACACCCUAUUCGCGUUUUGCGGACGGCAAAGCGGUGCUUCGAUCCAGUAUCCGAGAGUUCGUGGUCUCCGAGGCCCUCUCUGCUCUUGGUAUUCCAACCACACGAGCACUCUCACUUACCUCGGUCCCAAACGCAAAGGUCUUGCGAGAGCGUCUAGAGCCAGGUGCAAUCGUUGCCCGGUUUGCCGAGUCUUGGCUCAGAAUCGGCACUUUCGAUCUGCUGCGUGUUCGUGGAGAUCGUGAGUUAAUGCGCCAACUGGCCACAUACGUCGCAGAAGAUGUCUUUGGUGGGUGGGAAUCCCUUCCCGCUGCUGUGUCACUUCGUGAUCAAUUAUCCUCUGCCGAAAUCGACAACCCUGCAAGAAACGUUCCAAGUCAAGAUGUACAGGAGCACCAGGGUAUACAGGAAAAUCGAUUCGCCAGGCUUUAUCGUGAGAUUGCUCGUCGUAACGCAAAGACGGUGGCUGCGUGGCAAGCCUACGGUUUCAUGAACGGAGUGCUCAACACAGAUAACACCUCUAUCUACGGUCUCUCAUUAGACUACGGUCCGUUUGCAUUCAUGGACAAUUUCGAUCCCACUUACACUCCAAAUCAUGAUGACCACAUGUUGCGGUACAGCUACCGCAAUCAGCCCAGCAUCAUUUGGUGGAAUUUGGUUCGACUCGGCGAGUCGCUUGGUGAGCUAAUCGGGGCCGGGGGCCGGGUAGACGACGAGAGCUUUGCGAAGGAUGGAGUAUCCGAGGAACUCGAGCCCGAACUUAUAAAACGCGCAGAGAACAUCAUUGAGCGCACAGGCGAGGAGUUUCGGGCUGUGUUCUUGAAUGAAUAUAAGCGGCUGAUGUCCCAAAGACUUGGGCUCAAGACCCAGGUUGAGUCGGACUUCCAAAUCCUGUUCUCGGAAAUGCUCGACACCCUCGAAGCUCUUGAGCUGGAUUUCAAUCACUUCUUCCGCCGUCUCUCGGGGGUUCGGUUAUCCGAACUGGACACCGAAGAAAGCCGAAAAGACGUAGCGUCGGUGUUCUUCCACGCCGAAGGCUUCGGUGGGAUUGGAUACACCGAUGAUACAGCUAGGGAUCGCAUUGCCAGGUGGCUCGGUAGCUGGCGGGCUCGAGUUCUCGAAGACUGGGGCCCGGGAAUGGACGAACAAAGGCAGAUUGCUAUGAAAUCGAUCAAUCCCAACUUCGUUCCUCGAGGCUGGAUCCUCGACGAAGUUAUUGAGCGCGUUGAGCGCAAGGGAGACCGAGAGAUCCUUGGCCGAAUCAUGACAAUGUCUCUGGACCCGUUCAAAGACCAAUGGGGUGUCAAUCUGGAGGAGGAACAGCGCUUCUGUGGAGAUGUUCCCAAGUACAAGAGAGCGAUGAUGUGCAGUUGCAGCUCGUAG